CCGAGUACUCCGCGUGAGAAUGUAUCACUUCCGGGUUCACAAUAAUAUCAAAUUGUAUUUAUCAAACUGACAAAUGGUCACAUUUCUUCAGAAUAUAGAAACAGAUUCAGCUGAGUCAAAAGGUAUAGGCGAUAAAGCAUUGACGGACAUUGUCUUUGACUAUAUAGAUUUGGCUCGUGUAGCGUUAAAUGAAGUCUGGGGGGUUGUUCUGGAUUUUAAUGUUCAAAUAAAAGUUCUUCUGCUUUUGAUUUGCUGGCUGAUACUGACAGUUGUUUCUGUUAACAUUGCCUGGAAGAUAUAUUGCCCAAGUAUACGCAAUCCAGAUAUUCCGGGUCUUGUCUCAAAAUAUUCCAAGCUGAAUUCAAAGGAGUACAAGAACAAGAGCAGAUAAUUAAUACAUCAUGGCUUCAGCAAUCAAGAAAUUCUUUCAGAAAAAGAAACUGGAUGUCAAGUUUAAGAAAGCAGGUGAAGGUCACAAACUGAGUGAAGAAAGGCCAUCUAGCUCUCGCCAACAAGCAUCAAGAGCAAGUGGGAGCGGACAUAGAGACGUCAACUAUGAAAGGUCACUGUCAGAGGAGAAAAAAAGGGCUGCUGAGGCUGCCCUUGCUAGAAGUGAGGGCCAGGCAAAGAGAGGUCCAGACCCUUCAAUGGCAGCCAAAGCCAGGAUGAGACGAGAACACGAACUAGAGAAAAAGAAGGAGCAAGAAGCUAUGGCCCUGGCAGAGAAAUACAGUGAACCACAGGAGAUUGUCAAGGAAAGUGCUCCAAUGGUCCACCUUUUAUUUAAAUGUCCUGAAAUCGGGCCAGCCAUUUUACCGAAACACGAGAUUGAAGCCAUGAUAAAGGAGUUUUUGCUGAGUCAGCUUGCGGAGGAACCCGAGAUGGCAUCUGCUUUAAUGAUUCAAACUCUAAAUAAAGACAAAGAAAGAGUGAAGAUUUGUAUUGAAACAUUGUGUAAGUAUUUAGACAAUGUUAUGAAUAAUCCAGGUGAAGAAAAGUUCAGAAAAAUAAGAAUGUCGAAUAAGGCGUUUACUGAAAGAGUUGCACCAUUGGAAGGUACAGAGGAGUUUCUGCAGGCAGCUGGUUUUGAAAUGAAGAUGUUGCCUUUUGAAGAUCACGAAGAGAGGUUUUAUGUUAUGGAAGAAAACUUAGCAAAUGAUAUUGAUAGGCUUAAGAAUGUAAAAGAUGUCUUACAGGCAGCGGAGCCAAUCAAACCUCAACUUGACCGUGCAACCAAAGUUUUUUACCCGUCUAACUCUGCUGCAAACUUUACCAUUCCAACAGAAUUUUAUAUGAUAUCCCCUCAUGAACUAAAAAAGGAACAGCAAAGAAAGCAAGAAGCUGUUGAAACACUCGGGAUGUUGAGAACUAAAGCAAUGAGGGAGAGGGACGAAAGACGGCAGCUGUUAAGAUAUAAAUUCACACUCAUUCGAAUUCGAUUUCCAGACGGUAACUUACUCCAAGGUACAUUUAAAGCAACAGAAAAAUUACCAGCAUUGCACGAAUUUGUGCGAGAAAAUUUAGAAAAUGACUGGAUGCCUUUUCAUUUAUUUACCCAAAUUGGUGCAAAAUUGGAUGACGAAAAUAAAAUGCUGGCCGAGUAUGGCCUAACACCAGCUGCUGUUGUGAAUUUUGAAUGGGAUAAAACUGUGUUACAAGAGGUGACGGCUCAACAAGGAACAACAGAUAAAUCAUCACCAUUAAAAAAAGAAAUCCUGUCAGAAAUACGAGAAUUAGGAAAUUGUUGAUUGUAAUCAUGCAUGUUUUAUUUGAUGUGUAAACUUUUAUACGGAAUGGAAAAAGACAGAAAAGUUAAUUGUAGUUUGAUUAAUUAACUGAUUAAUCUGUUGCAUUAAAAUCAAUAGCUUUAGAAGCCAACCCAAUUAAUCAUAAUUAAUUUUCAUCAUCAUUUGUUUUGUUAGAUAGGUUGAAGGCCAAACACAUUGACACUUACUGAAAACAAUUUUUAUUUGUCUUAUUAACUUAUGUAAAGAAUUUUUAGAAUUAAGCAAGAAAGUCUGUCUAUUUGUCAGGGAAACUCCGGUGUUACAUGUAUAUUACAAAUGUAGGAGCAUGAAUGAUCAAAUUUUAACACAUCAUUAGAGUUUGUCAGAUAUAUGUUAGAAUUAAUGCAAGAUCCAGAUAAAAUCAUUAUACUUUUCUUGGUGGUGUAAUAACUGACAUUUUGCUUCUUCUUGUUGAACAAAGGUUUCAUAUUAAUGCAUCUAAAGUUCUUAUGUUAGGAAACCUGUAUGUGUGCAUUUUUAUAAAAGCUUAACUUUUAUUCUUUCGUGUUGUGAUUAUUGCUUGCUCAUAUAGGUAUAAAAUAUACUCUAAAUUUUAUAAGUAAUUUUUCUUCAAAUAUGAUAAUGUGUUGCUAUCCUUAAUUAUGGUUAUUACUUAUUAGUAGGAAGUUAAAUUUGAGUUUUUAAGAGAGAAAAUUUUACAUUUGGCUGUAUUUGUCCUGUAUAUUAAUUGAGCCGUUACCAUAUAACCUGUAUCUAAGUGUGUUUAUUUAUAUGCAGACAGGGUUGUAAAAAUUUAAGUUUAAUCAAGAUUUAUUUCUUGCCUAUGAUGUAAAAAAGAUAUUGUGAUAUAUAAUGAUUCAAUAUACUAGUAAUUGCUUCACUACAGGAUAUUUUAGAUGGUCUAUAAUAAUAAUGAAUGGAUUAUAAAACAAAACAUCUUUUUAUAAAGACAUAACAGUGGCACCAACAGGGUAUAGGUCAUAUGACUUUCCAGCUUGACUGGUGGAAGAAAACCUCAGGUGUCCCUUUGUGCAUUAUUUCAGGCACAAACAGGCACCCGAGUAGAACUACUGAUUUCUGUACCCUACCUGGAUAGCUUCCUCACAUGAAAGCAUCCAAAGUCCCUUCCAGGAUUUGUACAAACAGCGGUGAGGGGCAAGUGGUUUGAUGUCAAGGACCUUAACCACUCAGCCAUGGACGCCCCUGCAUCAAGUAAUAUUUGAUUUUAUAACAUUGUUGUAAAAUGAAGCAUUGCAGUUAAUUAGAUAAUAUAGUGUAGAAACCCAAUCACUGUAUCAUUUAUUGCAAGGCGAUAAAAUUCAAUGUGUAUGCUUUAUUGCGAGCACAAGCACCUGUUACUCCUGAUCAUUCUAUCAUUAAUUGCAAGCUUUCAUAUGUAUGAUUUCUUGCGAGCAUAGAAGGAAGAUGUGUUUACCAAGAAUAAAAGUUGGUGAUAUCUGUAUUACAUAAAGAGUGCUGGAAUAUGAAAGACAUGUAUAAUCAUAUAUAUAUUGUCACAGAGAUAUGUAACUGUCAUGUCUAAUAGAUAUAGUGCUUUAAAUUUCAUUUUGUAAAAAUGUUUUCUGACAUAGUUAUAUUAUGAUUAGCUAUUAUAUGUACAAGUCAUUAAAUGAUGCGAGUCUGGUAUGAAAUCUGUGUUUAAAUGUUAUAACUGUAUGCAUGGGAAAGUAAUUUAUGAGUAUUUAUUAAACUAGGUCAUUGAUUUCUCUAUUUCAUGUUAUGGGUUUAAAGCUCUACAACAGUUGUUUGCAUAAAUUUUAUUUUUAAUUCUUUGUGUCCAUUAAACAUAGAAUUUAAUAAUGUUUUGUGUCUCAAAAUUUAGCAUUUUCUUUUUAAUUCAUAAAAAUGACUUAAAAAUGAACAUGUCACUCCAAUUGUGCUAAGAAUCUAACAAAAUGAUGAUUCUGGAAAAACAGGAAGAAAGAAUGAUUUUAAAAAAUUUCACACAAGUUAAUAGUUUAGACCUUCAUCAAAUGGUGUACAAAUCUCGGAAAAUAUAUUUUCAGUCCAGUCAUGCCAAAAAACUUCAGUGGAGUCCCUUUAAGGGCUAAUAUUGUACAAAUAGAAUUUACAGUAAACAACUUUAUAUUUUAUACUGUAAUAAUCGUGAUUUGCAUAAUUAUUUGAACUCUGUAAGCGGAUGUGUGUAAAUGAAUACUGAAUUGUCUUUCCCUCGCUUUCAUGGCAUUCCUUGAAAAAAUAUAUAACAGGUGUAAAUAUUUCUUGCUGAUAUGUUAAUGGUAUAUGUAUGUAUUAAGGAAUAAAUUUUGUUCAAAUUAAA